AUGUUCUCUGCGUUUUUGGCCCUCAUCGGGCUGUCUCUGUUCCACUCAGUAUCGUCUCAGUUUUCUCCUGGUUUCCCUUAUGGUUCUCAGAUGGUGCGAGGUGUCAACCUUGGAGGUUGGCUCGUACUCGAGCCAUGGAUCACCCCCAGUAUAUUCGACAACACAGGAAAUCCUAACAUUGUCGAUGAAUGGACAUUUGGACAAUACUAUGACCGUGCCACUGCGACAACCGUACUACAGAACCACUGGGACACCUGGAUUACGCAGGAUGAUUUUGCAAAUAUCGCUGCUGCCGGAUUGAACCAUGUGAGACUGCCUAUUGGGUACUGGGCCUUUGAAGUUGGCUCUGGUGAGCCAUACAUACAAGGCCAGCUUCCUUACCUUCAGAACGCUGUACAAUGGGCUAGCCAAUACGGACUCAAGUUGAUCAUCGAUCUCCAUGGGGCUCCCGGAAGCCAAAAUGGGCGCGUACUAUUUGUGUCUUGGUACGACAAUUCUGGACACAGAAUGUCAUACCCUACAUGGCAGUCAAACCAAACGAAUAUUGCCCGGACAAACGCGAUCAUCGAACAGAUUGCUUCCAUGUUUGCCGACCAAGCUGAUGUUGUUCCUAUCAUCGCGCCCCUGAACGAACCAGCUGGAUACUACGGAUCAUCUGUGCUAACACCUUUGAGACAAUAUUACUACGAUUCUUAUGGAAAUAUUAGGUAUCCAUAUGGCACGUCGACGCAGAGUAAUACUGUCGUUCUACUUCAUGACGCUUUCCAGUCUUUGAGCUAUUGGAACGGAUUCGAGACCACGCCUGAUUUCCAGGGCGUGGCGAUGGAUACACACAUCUACCAGGUGUUUUCCAAUGAGGAUGUCCAAAUGUCUUGGCAGAGCCAUAUUGAUACUGCGUGUGAUACUCAAUCUACUCUUUCCGAUUUCGACCUUUGGCUUAUGGUCGGUGAAUGGUCACCCGCCAUCACUGACUGCGCCACCUACCUGAAUGGCAGGGGCAACGGGGCCCGUUAUGACGGUUCCUAUCCUGGUUCCACUUACGUUGGAAGUUGCACCGGACUUACCGGGAGCGCAUCUACUUUUAGCUCGAGCUAUAAGACUUUCCUUCGUCAGUUUUGGGAAGCACAAGUCAUUUCCUACGAGAAAUCGAACGGGUGGUUGAUGUGGACGUGGAAGGCAGAGAGUGCAGACGAAUGGUCAUACCUGGCUGGAUUGCAAAACGGCUGGAUACCCUGGUCUCCUACUGACCUCGAAUACCCCACUAUUUGCGGAUAGAUGCACCUACUCGCUUUAGUAGAAUUCUCUCUCUCGCUCCUUCCUAAUCCUGUGUUUGUUAUUGUUCUGCAUGAUUGCCCAACCAUCGUAUUUAUACCCAGUUUUUGAAGGAUCACGUACUCUGACAUAGUCGCCAAGUUUCUCCCAUUUGUAUAGAAGAACCGCAUGGUUAGUUCCGCAGACAUAAUUCACUCCCAUGUGCGAAUUCCACCUGUGCCCAGCGCUCUCAAACCGCUCCCCAUCAAGUUGAUGUGCGCAAGAUUGGAAGUUCAAAGUUCAGCUUCGUGUAGUACUG